AACAGAGAGUGGGUGAUGUCUGCUGCUCACUGCUUCUCCAGUACAAGUACGGCCAGAUGGAUGAUUUCUCUCGGUCGUGAAAAUUUGGAAGGAAGAAACCCAAAUGAGGUUUCUAGAAAUGUUUCCAGAAUCAUUUUGCAUCCACGCUAUGACAGGAGACGCAAUGACAAUGACAUUGCUCUGCUCAGACUCUCCUCACCAGUCACAUUCACAGAUUACAUCAGACCAGUGUGUCUGGCAGCAAGUGAAAGUGUGUUCAACAAUGGCACCGACAGCUGGGUCACCGGCUGGGGUGCAUUCGAAGAGGGAGCGUUCUUGCCAUUUCCUGGAACUCUUCAAGAAGUGGAGGUGCCUGUUUUGGGAAACAGACAGUGUAACUGUCUGAAUGGAGUUGGCAGAAUCACUGACAACAUGAUCUGUGCUGGUGUUCUGGCAGGAGGCAAAGACUCAUGUCAGGGAGAUUCAGGAGGUCCAAUGGUGAGCAAGCAGGGCUCGACCUGGGUCCAGUCUGGAAUUGUCAGUUUUGGAUUUGGCUGUGCUCGGCCCAAUCUGCCAGGAGUCUACUCCAGAGUGUCCCGUUUCCAGCAGUGGAUCAACUCCCACAUCCGAUCUGAUAAGCCAGGCUUUGUCCAGUUCAACUCCACUGGGCCAGAUGUUGACAGUAACUACACCUGUCCUGGCCUGCCACCUCCUGUUACUAUGACAACUACCAGAACACCUGCUUCCAGACCUCCAACAUCAACCGGAACCACCGAGUCACCACCAACUACAUCAAUGUGUGGAAUCGCUCCUAUGAACACCAGGAUAGUUGGAGGUGAGGACGCUCCACCUGGAAGUUGGCCUUGGCAGGUCAGUCUGCAGAGAUUUGGCAGCCAUGUAUGUGGUGGUUCCCUCAUCAACAGAGAGUGGGUGAUGUCUGCUGCUCACUGCUUCUCCAGUACAAGUACGGCCAGAUGGAUGAUUUCUCUCGGUCGUGAAAAUUUGGAAGGGAGAAACCCAAAUGAGGUUUCUAGAAAUGUUUCCAGAAUCAUUUUGCAUCCACGCUAUGACAGGAGACGCAAUGACAAUGACAUUGCUCUGCUCAGACUCUCCUCACCAGUCACAUUCACAGAUUACAUCAGACCAGUGUGUCUGGCAGCAAGUGAAAGUGUGUUCAACAAUGGCACCGACAGCUGGGUCACCGGCUGGGGUGCAUUCGAAGAGGGAGGUGAGUCGACGUUCUUGCCAUUUCCUGGAACUCUUCAAGAAGUGGAGGUGCCUGUUUUGGGAAACAGACAGUGUAACUGUCUGAAUGGAGUUGGCAGAAUCACAGACAACAUGAUCUGUGCUGGUGUUCUGGCAGGAGGCAAAGACUCAUGUCAGGGAGAUUCAGGAGGUCCAAUGGUGAGCAAGCAGGACUCGACCUGGGUCCAGUCUGGAAUUGUCAGUUUUGGAUUUGGCUGUGCUCGGCCCAAUCUGCCAGGAGUCUACUCCAGAGUGUCCCGUUUCCAGCAGUGGAUCAACUCCCACAUCCGAUCUGAUAAGCCAGGCUUUGUCCAGUUCACCUCCACUGGGCCAGAUGUUGACAGUAACUACACCUUAUUCAUGUGAAUAUGUAUGGUAGUCUCUCUGUGUGUGUUUGGCUUGAGUUGCACGGGUGAAUUGUCCAGGGUGUCAGUGUGUGGAAUCGCUCCUAUGAACACCAGGAUAGUUGGAGGUGAGGACGCUCCACCUGGAAGUUGGCCUUGGCAGGUCAGUCUGCAGAUAUUUGGCAGCCAUGUAUGUGGUGGUUCCCUCAUCAACAGAGAGUGGGUGAUGUCUGCUGCUCACUGUUUCUCCAGUACAAGUACGGCCAGAUGGAUGAUUUCUCUCGGCCGUGAAAAUUUGGAAGGAAACAACCCGAAUGCAGUGACCAUAAGUGUUUCCAGAAUCAUUUUGCAUCCAGACUAUGACAGGAGACGCCAUGACAACGACAUUGCUCUGCUCAGACUCUCCUCACCAGUCACAUUCACAGAUUACAUCAGACCAGUGUGUCUGGCAGCAAGUGAAAGUGUGUUCAACAAUGGCACCGACAGCUGGGUCACCGGCUGGGGUGCAUUCGAAGAGGGAGUGUUCUUGCCAUUUCCUGGAACUCUUCAAGAAGUGGAGGUGCCUGUUUUGGGAAACAGACAGUGUAACUGUCUGAAUGGAGUUGGCAGAAUCACAGACAACAUGAUCUGUGCUGGUGUUCUGGCAGGAGGCAAAGACUCAUGUCAGGGAGAUUCUGGAGGUCCAAUGGUGAGCAAGCAGGGCUCGACCUGGGUCCAGUCUGGAAUUGUCAGUUUUGGAUUUGGCUGUGCUCGGCCCAAUCUGCCAGGAGUCUACUCCAGAGUGUCCCGUUUCCAGCAGUGGAUCAACUCCCACAUCCGAUCUGAUAAGCCAGGCUUUGUUCAGUUCAACUCCAUUGGGCCAGAUGUUGACAGUCUCUACACCUGUCCUGGCCUGCCACCUCCUGUUACCAUGACAACACCUACCAAGUCACCUACUACUAGACCUUCAGCAUUGACUCCAAGUACACCUCCACCCACUGUAUCAACAUGUGGAAUUGCUCCUAUGAACACCAGGAUAGUUGGAGGUGAGGACGCUCCACCUGGAAGUUGGCCUUGGCAAGUCAGUCUGCAGAGAUUUGGCAGCCAUGUAUGUGGUGGUUCCCUCAUCAACAGAGAGUGGGUGAUGUCUGCUGCUCACUGCUUCUCCAGUACAAGUACGGCCAGAUGGAUGAUUUCUCUCGGUCGUGAAAAUUUGGAAGGAAGAAACCCAAAUGAGGUUUCCAGAAAUGUUUCCAGAAUCAUUUUGCAUCCAGGCUAUGACAGGAGACGCAAUGACAACGACAUUGCUCUGCUCAGACUCUCCUCACCAGUCACAUUCACAGAUUACAUCAGACCAGUGUGUCUGGCAGCAAGUGAAAGUGUGUUCAACAAUGGCACCGACAGCUGGGUCACCGGCUGGGGUGCAUUCAAAGAGGGAGUGUUCUUGCCAUUUCCUGGAACUCUUCAAGAAGUGGAGGUGCCUGUUUUGGGAAACAGACAGUGUAACUGUCUGAAUGGAGUUGGCAGAAUCACAGACAACAUGAUCUGUGCUGGUGUUCUGGCAGGAGGCAAAGACUCAUGUCAGGGAGAUUCUGGAGGUCCAAUGGUGAGCAAGCAGGGCUCGACCUGGGUCCAGUCUGGAAUUGUCAGUUUUGGAUUUGGCUGUGCUCGGCCCAAUCUGCCAGGAGUCUACUCCAGAGUGUCCCGUUUCCAGCAGUGGAUCAACUCCCACAUCCGAUCUGAUAAGCCAGGCUUUGUUCAGUUCAACUCCACUGGGCCAGAUGUUGACAGUCUCUACACCUGUCCUGGCCUGCCACCUCCUGUUACCAUGACAACACCUACCAAGUCACCUACUACUAGACCUUCAGCAUUGACUCCAAGUACACCUCCACCCACUGUAUCAACAUGUGGAAUUGCUCCUAUGAACACCAGGAUAGUUGGAGGUGAGGACGCUCCACCUGGAAGUUGGCCUUGGCAAGUCAGUCUGCAGAGAUUUGGCAGCCAUGUAUGUGGUGGUUCCCUCAUCAACAGAGAGUGGGUGAUGUCUGCUGCUCACUGCUUCUCCAGUACAAGUACGGCCAGAUGGAUGAUUUCUCUCGGUCGUGAAAAUUUGGAAGGAAGAAACCCAAAUGAGGUUUCCAGAAAUGUUUCCAGAAUCAUUUUGCAUCCAGGCUAUGACAGGAGACGCAAUGACAACGACAUUGCUCUGCUCAGACUCUCCUCACCAGUCACAUUCACAGAUUACAUCAGACCAGUGUGUCUGGCAGCAAGUGAAAGUGUGUUCAACAAUGGCACCGACAGCUGGGUCACCGGCUGGGGUGCAUUCAAAGAGGGAGUGUUCUUGCCAUUUCCUGUAACUCUUCAAGAAGUGGAGGUGCCUGUUUUGGGAAACAGACAGUGUAACUGUCUGAAUGGAGUUGGCAGAAUCACAGACAACAUGAUCUGUGCUGGUGUUCUGGCAGGAGGCAAAGACUCAUGUCAGGGAGAUUCAGGAGGUCCAAUGGUGAGCAAGCAGGGCUCGACCUGGGUCCAGUCUGGAAUUGUCAGUUUUGGAUUUGGCUGUGCUCGGCCCAAUCUGCCAGGAGUCUACUCCAGAGUGUCCCGUUUCCAGCAGUGGAUCAACUCCCACAUCCGAUCUGAUAAGCCAGGCUUUGUUCAGUUCACCUCCAUUGGGCCAGAUGUUGACAGUAACUACACCUGUCCUGGCCUGCCACCUCCUGUUACCAUGACAACACCUACCAAAUCACCUACUACUAGACCUUCAGCAUUGACUCCAAUGUGUGGAAUUGCUCCUAUGAACACCAGGAUAGUUGGAGGUGAGGACGCUCCACCUGGAAGUUGGCCUUGGCAGGUCAGUCUACAGAUAUUUGGCAGCCAUGUAUGUGGUGGUUCCCUCAUCAACAGAGAGUGGGUGAUGUCUGCUGCUCACUGCUUCUCCAGUACAUCCGGAUGGAUGAUUUCUCUCGGCCGUGAAAAUUUGGAAGGAAACAACCCGAAUGCAGUGACCAUAAGUGUUUCCAGAAUCAUUUUGCAUCCAGACUAUGACAGGAGAAGCAGUGACAACGACAUUGCUCUGCUCAGACUCUCCUCACCAGUCACAUUCACAGAUUACAUCAGACCAGUGUGUCUGGCAGCAAGUGAAAGUGUGUUCAACAAUGGCACCGACAGCUGGGUCACCGGCUGGGGUGCAGUCAAAGAGGGAGUGUUCUUGCCAUUUCCUGGAACUCUUCAAGAAGUGGAGGUGCCUGUUUUGGGAAACAGGCAGUGUAACUGUCUGAAUGGAGUUGGCACAAUCACUGACAACAUGAUCUGUGCUGGUGUUCUGGCAGGAGGCAAAGACUCAUGUCAGGGAGAUUCAGGAGGUCCAAUGGUGAGCAAGCAGGGCUCGACCUGGGUCCAGUCUGGAAUUGUCAGUUUUGGAUUUGGCUGUGCUCGGCCCAAUCUGCCAGGAGUCUACUCCAGAGUGUCCCGUUUCCAGCAGUGGAUCAACUCCCACAUCCAAUCUGAUAAGCCAGGCUUUGUUCAGUUCAACUCCAUUGGGCCAGAUGUUGACAGCAGCUACACCUGUCCUGGCCUGCCACCUCUGGUUAUCAUGACAACACCUACCACGUCCCCAAUCGUGCAGUCGGUGAUCAUGGCAUUGUACCUGGAGGAACAUGGCCCUGGAUGGUGGAUCAAGGCAGCGCUCUAA